AUGGCGGUCGACAGCAGCAUGGCGAGCCGCUAUCAGAUGAUGGAGGAGCUGGGCAGCGGGAGCUUUGGCACAGUCUACAAGGCCAUUGAGAAGGCCACCGGGGAGAUUGUUGCUAUUAAACAUAUCGACUUGGAGUCGAGCGAAGACGAUAUCGCCGAAAUCCAGCAGGAGAUUUCCGUUCUGGCGGCAUGUGCGAGCCCGUUCGUUACCCAAUAUAAAGCAAGCUUUCUGCGCGGCCACAAGCUAUGGAUUGUCAUGGAGUACCUGGGCGGCGGUUCCUGUUUGGAUCUGAUUAAACCAGGGAACUUUACCGAGGCGCAUAUCGCAAUCGUCUGCCGUGAGCUGUUGUUCGGGCUGGACUAUCUCCACCGUGAAGGAAAGAUCCAUCGCGAUAUAAAAGCAGCCAAUGUCCUCCUCUCGCACGCUGGAAAAGUCAAGCUUGCCGAUUUUGGAGUUGCCGCGCAGCUAUCCAACAUCAAGUCUCAAAGAAACACUUUCGUCGGAACGCCGUUCUGGAUGGCGCCAGAAGUUAUACAGCAGGCUGGUUAUGACUUCAAGGCGGAUAUCUGGUCGCUGGGGAUUACCGCAAUGGAGCUGGCCAACGGUGAGCCACCACACGCCGCCACGCACCCCAUGAAGGUGCUGUUCCAUAUUCCAAAGGCACCGGCGCCUCGUUUGGAGGGCAAUGAAUUUAGUCAGGCUUUCAAGGACUUUAUUGCACAAUGCUUGAUAAAGGACCCCGAUCGUCGACCUACAGCAAAAGAGCUCAUCAAGCAUAAAUUCAUUCGCAAUGCAGGCAAGAAUGAGUCACUGCAGGAGCUGAUUCUGCGUAAGGAGGACUGGGAGAAUGGCAAAGGCUUUGCGGACGAUAUGAGAUAUUAUGCAGAGACUCUGACUACUUUUACACAGAAAGAGAAUGACGACGAUGGAUGGGUGUUCGACACGGUCAAGGCACCGACAAUGAAGAGGCCAGUAAUUGCAGAGGACUACUGCGAUGACCCUUUCGUGAAAUCAGAGGAGCUCAGCACACUGAAUCUACAGAACGAAUCGAAGCCAGUUGCAAACUCAACCGUUCGCCGGACACCCGCAGAGCGUUCGCCAUCUGUCAAACGGGCGAACACCAAGCGCAGAUCCAGUGGCGUCAAACAGCCUCUCGGAUUGAACUUGAGUUACGGAAACAGUCCCUCGACGGUGCGCCAGUUCCGUCGAGUGUCAGACAAGAGCACGAAUGACUCGGGCCACCACUAUAACUAUCCUCCGGGUAUGGAUGAGAAUGCUGCGGCCAAGACCUUGUUCACCGAUCCUGUUUCAAACAGCAAGGAAGCCCAAUUAGGGAGACGGGCAUAUAGCAAGGGGAUCGGUAUUGCUUGCCAAGAGAUUCUGGCAAACACUGGAGACCAGGAAAACCGAGAAGCCAUCUCGCAGCUAGCAGAAGCUCUCAGUGACCUCGAGAUGGUGGACCCGGAAGGGUUAUACCAUAUUCUUAAACUGUCCAACGAGAAAAUGAAAAGCGAUGCUAAGCUUUCUGCUCUCCUCCCUGAAUCAACAUCACCUCAAAAGCCCAAACUAGUGCUGGCCCAAAACAAUCCUCAUCUCAAAAGCCACCGACGCCGGCAGUCAGAGCAACUUCAAACUGAAACAAAGUUUAGCCCAUCGCUGACCAACAUGCCGGGUGAAAGUGCCCCGGGAAUGGAGCACACCAAACAACUUGCUGAUGUCCUCUAUCAGCGAUGGAGCGAAGGUCUCCGUAACCGAUGGCCGGCCAUCUAG